CAAUAUGGCGGUUGUCAGCCAGACAAAGACAGUCAGUCUGAUGUGAUUGAGACAGGGGAGGUUUUCAGGGGGAGACUGGGAGAUAGGGGCCUCCCCUCCCCCUUCUCCUCUUCCUGCGCGGGCCUCAACCCCUCCCCAGUCCCCUUCCGACUGGCGCCCCACGCGGAAGACACCCCUCCCCCUCCCGCUUUCCCCUCCUCCCUGCCUCAGCCCUUGGUACUGGGACGUUGGGGAGGGGGUUGUGCCGGGCGGAGAGAACUCAGCAAGGAUUCUGAGAAUGGUAAAUAACACUGAUCAUCUCUAGUAAGGAUAUUGAUUCACCUCAUGUAAAGUAUGCUCAGUUCCUUUCCAGUGGUUUUGCUGGAAACCAUGUCUCACUAUACAGAUGAACCCAGAUUUACCAUAGAGCAGAUAGAUCUGCUUCAGCGCCUUCGGCGUACUGGAAUGACUAAACAUGAAAUUCUCCAUGCCUUGGAAACUUUGGACCGUCUUGAUCAAGAGCAUAGUGACAAGUUUGGAAGAAGGUCCAGCUAUGGAGGAAGUUCUUAUGGGAAUAGUACCAACAAUGUUCCAGCAUCUUCUUCUACAGCUACAGCUUCCACACAGACCCAACAUUCUGGAAUGUCCCCAUCGCCUAGCAAUAGUUAUGAUACCUCCCCACAGCCUUGCACUACCAAUCAAAAUGGAAGGGAGAAUAGCGAGCGAUUAUCCAUGUCUAAUGGAAAGAUGUCACCCACUCGCUACCAUGCAAACAGCAUGGGUCAGAGGUCAUACAGUUUUGAAGCCUCAGAAGAGGACCUAGAUGUAGAUGAUAAAGUGGAGGAAUUAAUGAGGAGGGACAGCAGUGUGAUAAAAGAGGAAAUCAAAGCCUUUCUUGCCAAUCGGAGGAUUUCCCAAGCAGUUGUUGCACAGGUAACAGGUAUCAGCCAGAGCCGGAUCUCUCACUGGCUGUUGCAGCAGGGAUCAGACCUGAGUGAACAGAAGAAAAGAGCAUUUUACCGAUGGUAUCAACUUGAGAAGACAAACCCUGGGGCUACACUAAGUAUGAGACCAGCCCCCAUUCCAAUAGAGGACCCAGAAUGGAGACAAACACCUCCCCCAGUCUCUGCCACAUCUGGCACCUUCCGACUACGACGAGGGAGUCGAUUUACCUGGAGAAAGGAGUGCCUGGCUGUCAUGGAAAGUUACUUCAACGAGAAUCAAUACCCAGAUGAAGCAAAGAGAGAAGAAAUUGCCAAUGCUUGCAAUGCGGUUAUACAGAAGCCAGGCAAAAAACUGUCUGAUCUGGAACGAGUUACCUCCCUCAAAGUAUAUAAUUGGUUUGCUAACAGACGGAAGGAGAUCAAGAGGAGAGCCAAUAUUGAAGCAGCAAUCCUGGAGAGUCAUGGGAUAGAUGUACAGAGUCCAGGAGGCCAUUCCAACAGUGAUGAUGUUGACGGAAAUGACUACUCAGAGCAGGAUACUUGGCAAGUACGCAAUGGGGAGGAGGAGGAGGGAAGAAGUUCAGAGGGAGGCAGAGAAGCAGAGAAGGAUGACAGCACUAGCCAUAGUGACCACCAAGACCCCAUCUCAUUAGCUGUGGAAAUGGCAGCAGUCAACCACACUAUCUUGGCAUUGGCCCGACAAGGAGCCAACGAAAUCAAGACAGAGGCCCUGGAUGACGACUGAGCAGGGAGGGUUGAACAGGAGAAGUUAACUUAGUUUAGACGUAGCACCUUAGCAGACUUUCCUCGGUCCUUAACAUGUGUUCUUACAGUAUAACUUGCAGUUUCUUGUAUGUCAGUUAGCCGUUAGGGUCUUGUUCUGUGAAGAUGGCAUGGUGCCCUCAGCCUUUGCAUAUACUCUCUCAGUAUUAAUUCCCAGUAAAUAAUAACCAACCAACCAACCAAACUUCCCUCUCCCAGCCCCCAAGGCUAGAAUAUCUUGCUGCUCUGUCUUAGCAUUCCAAGAAAGUGCUUCCAGGUAUUUAGAUAGCCCUCAGUUCUCCAAUAUUAGGCUACGUGUAAAACCUUGGGUACCUUUAGAUUCCUGUAACACUAGUCUGUACCUUUUUCCUUCCCCAAGACUGAUAGGAUGCAAGCUGAGGUAGUGUGGCCCAGGAUUGACAGACACCAUUUGGGGAGUGUCCACAGAGUAAAAGGAACACUAGAAUUCCCACUCAGGGUGGGAGUAAUUGAUUUCCAGCUGCAAUAAGCCGUGCCUCAUAAUAGUCACACUGUGGCUAGAUUAUACUUCUUUGGGUGCUGUGCUAAGAAUGUCCAUGGAAAAACUUGAUCUCAAAUUUUGGUUGAUGUUAACAUGCCUGACACAGACAUCCUUUCCUCUCACAAGCUGUGUGACUUAGUAGAUAAAAUACUGCCUUCUGCCUUUGGGACCAUGAUUCAAACAAAAAAAAGACAAAAAACAAAAGUCAUUAAAAAAAAAAAAAACCCAGCUUGAGAGCAUUGGAAAAAAACAUGAGCUGAAUGUCUAAUGGAUGUUAAGUCCAGUUCUCAGAACCACUGUACAUUACGUGGCACAGGUGUGUGCCUGCCUGGAAAAGUGCUGGAGGCCAUCAUGGAAGCUGCUCUGCCUCCUGUUUAUGUCCCCUUUCCCUGCUACCAAAAAAAGUCAAGGAUGGAGCUAAGGUCACAAAUGACUGAAUGAACUUCCAGUCUUUGUAUCCAUUUACUGAAGCCCCCUCAAUAUGAGAGGUUGAUAGAGGACUUUAUAGUGGGAUUAUGCUGACUGACUAUCACAAAUGCAAAUACUUUCCUAAACAGGAGCAGAAAAAGCAGGGGACAAUUGCCACUUACGUGGCGGGUCUUCAAGAUACAACGUGAUGUGACUGCUUUGGUGUUCUCUUUACUCUGUCCUUGUAGAGGUGUGAAAAGCUAUAUUGCUACAGGCAAUUUAUUUAAUAAUUGGAAGCCAUAUUGAUAAUGGAUGUGGUAAUAUUUGUAAAGUUUAAUCUACUUUAAGCGGCAGUAACUAAUGGAAUUUUUUUCCUUGAUCACAUAUGUAGCACUUUUGUUACUUUUUAAAGAUAUUUAUAUUUGAUAAAUCUUUUUUUCAUUUUGAGAACUCAAAAUACCAAACAGUGAACUUGCGUUAUAAAGUCACCCUGUGAUCACCUUGUCAUCUAGUAGCAAAAUGAUGAACUAUUCAUGCAUCAAAGAAAAUUACAUCUGCUGGCCUUGUAUGAAAAUGAUCUCUUGGCAUCCCGAUUAAAUGACACACUGUCACUGUGGGGAAGAGGAAACCACCUUCGAUGUAGCGGCGUAGGGUGCGUCUGAAGGAGGCAUGACUGCUGUAUACUUUCUGCUUCAUUCCAUCUCUCCUUCCUACGCACGGUGAAGCCUUGCGGGGCUGGCUAUUCAACAGGGCUUCUGUCCUGUCAUCCAUUACCUGAGAACGAUUUCUAAGAUGGAAGGAAGGUGCCAUUUCCUUACCUCUUCCCCCCUCCUCCCCCACCAAAUGUAUUCAGCCUAAAAUCAUUGAGGGAGAGAAACUGACUGACCUUUGUUUUGCCCUUCCUCAUUAGUGAGAUAUUAAAUUAAAUACCCACCAGUUUUUAGCUGGUCUGACUCCACUUAAGGCACGUGCUGACAAGUGCUUCUCUGUAUCUGUUCAUCCUCCUUAGGCCAGUGCGUGGAAGCCUUCAAGAGGGUACAAAGAUGCUGCCUUAUAUGGGUCUGUGACUUUAAAGAGCUGUAGGCAGGGACUGGGCCUGCUCUUGUCUGUGGAUUUCAGGCAGAAAGUGUAUGUGCUUCUUCCAGCUUCCAAGAACUGAAGAAAAAUGGGGUAGUCUUUUCUGUUUUACUGUAUUACUUGAACCAACCAAUUCAAGAGUAGCAUUUGUUAUUCUCAGGAAUGAUCCCCCUGCUCAUUUUCUUUCCUAGUGUGUUAGACUUUUUAUUUCAAUUAGGAGAUUAUGUUAUCUUUCUUUCCUUUUAUAUUACGUAGAAGAAAUAUAACAUGUUGUAUCUUUCCAUUUCGGUGGAAUUUUGUCUGCUUAUUCUCAGUUGACUCAAAGAAAAGAAGUGAGAAAACUAUACUGUCUGACAAGCCACAUCCAUGAUUUAUUGUAAGGAGAUUAUUAUAAUUGAUAGCUUCUUUAUGAUGGGAUUGUCAGUAUCAUUUGUUCUUGCUGGUCUUUUUAAAGAAACAGACUCAAACUGUUAGGACAGCUGCAGUUUCUAAAGAAAUACAGUGAUUGCCAGAGACGAGCUAAAAGGUUUCAUUGUUUUAAGGCCUUAGGGAUGGGGAAAAGCUUCAGAGAAUAAAGGAGAGUCGGUAUCCAUGAAAGCAGUACAGGGCCCUAUCUGGCAACCUGGAAAAAAGUGAAAGAACAUGUCUACUGAUGCAAGAUGGCUUCAUACUGGGUUCAGUAGGAACAGGAAGAAGGAAUCUUUCAUCCAGAAAUCUUCUUUUAAUUGAAGAAGACCGCUGGCCUGCUCUUAAGACCCACUGCCUUACAUAUAACUUUUGCUUUUUCACCAAGAGCAAAGAUAUAGUUCUUUGGGGCCUAGAUUUAAAUCUACCAUUGUUGAUUUGUUUUUUUGGGUUUUUUUGGUUUUGGGGUUUUUUUUGCCACCAGGUUGAAUUCAGCUGUCUUGUCCAGGUUACCUUAGUUCUUAUAAUGGUGUAUACAGUUGCCACUGUCUAAUUUGUGAUGUCUUUGGAUAGUGAAUUUGUUUUCUUAAGCUUUUUCAGGUUUGGUGGUCUUUAAAUAGGAACCCUAAACUGCUCUCUUACUGAAGGGAAAGAGCCAGGCUCUGAAAAAAUCCUGUUGUGUGCUCUCUGGUUGUUGUGUCCCUCUUCUCUGGCCCCAUAGUGUACCUCCCUCAGGCCCCAGAGGACUUUCAGGACUGCUCUUCCAUAGUGAGGAAGACUGAAAGUGGGGAUGGGGAACCUUGUCAGCAGUUCUUGUAACUUGUCUGUUAUUUUUCAAGGUCACUUUCAUUGAAUUACUGUAGUCAUGUGGGUAAACUUCCUACUCUUCUUACAAUACAGCCUUACAAAGGGACCUUCGAAAGAUGGACCAUCCAAGUGAGAUUUCUACCUUGCUUUUGAUAACUCUAACAUAGAUUGAAGGCCAAGGAGGGCAGUAGGGUACACUCUUAGCUGAGACCUUCUGGUACCAGUCAGUACUAAAUAGACAUUUUGGUUUAUUUCAGCAAAGCUUGUAAUUAAUUGUUGAGUACCCCUUAGGGCAAUUUUCUUCACAGUCUGAAUCCUUUAAGUGGUUGGUCAGUGUGGUCACCUUCCACCUACCUAUGGAAUCUGUCUAGUUCCCAUACAUUGGCCUUGGGUGGGACAGACACCCCCCACCCCUGGCACCACAUCCUCCUGUUAUUCCUUAACAGGAAGAAAAUUCCUGGAACAGGAAGAUCCCUUUAAGGUACUUUUCACUCUAGCUCAGUCAUUAGAGGUGACCACUUAAAAAAAAUGUGAGUGAGGAAGCAGCAGCUCGUCACCACUGAAGUGUACAAAUCCAAUACCUGAGUUCCUGGCAGAUUUAGGAUGGCAAGCAGUCCAGUGACCAACAGUACCACUGUUGGAGCCAGCUGUCCGCAUAUAUUUUUACCUCAAAGGGGACAACUCAUGAAGAGCUCCUCCAUAUACUUUCAGUUCUCCCUGUUUGGCCUUUGUCUUCACACUUCCCUCCUGGAUUCCAACCAUCAGGCAUGAAGUGUAAAUAGGCUUAUUUCAUUUGGCAUCUCCAGUUGCAUCCUCUCCGUCUGUGAAUAGCUCCUCUUCCAUUUGCCUCUGGUCUCCAAUACUAAGGCCUCAUCAGGAGCUGACAUUUUUGCUGGGAUUUUUACCUUCCACAGUAGGCAGAGUAGGUGGGUGUGGUCCAUCUCUUCACACAAACACUCCUUUCUGUCUUGCAGGCCAUCAUUUUGACCAGCUACAUAUUCCACUGACCAGCUGCAUUGUCUCUGCCCAUAACAGUGGAAAUCAUCCCUUUUCAUACACGAUCCUCCCACCCCUGUCCUAAAAAUGUGAACUUCAAGUCCUUACUCUCUUGGUCUUAAGGGUUUGGGUAGAAACAGUCUUCCCAUUUAACUUGUGGCUCUGUCUUUUAAAAUUGCUUUUUGUCUUUUCUCGUUUAGAGAACAACCAGAGUAUUUUUUCCCCAAUGAGUCUCAACAGAUUCUUAGGCAAUAAUUUUUCUUGUUACUGAUGAUCUUGUGCUCAGUAGCACUCUACACUGAAUAGUCCUGACCCUUCACAUUGUGCGUUGGUUUUCUGUGUUAAUCUCUGUCUGUGAUUUAAAUCUUAGGUCAGAGUGGUGAUAGAUUUUGUCAUUUUGUUGUUGUGAUUAUUAGUAAUGUUUUACUACUGUAUUUGUUGGGGCUGCAGUGAGACCAGCCAAAUCCAUUUAUAGCUUUACUGAGCCGGAUUUGUUUAUCAAGAUUUCCCAAGCAAAAGUUGGGCACGCUGACCAGCUCUGCUGGUGGCGUCUCUA